UUAUUCCCCAUUUUCUCAAUUAAAUUUAAAUAUGAUGUUUUCUAUAUGAUUAAGUAUAUUUGCUAGCUAAUACAUCUGAAUAUCUAUACUUGUCAUUUUUCUCUGUGGAGCUAUAUAAUUUCAAUAAAUUGUAGUAUUUUCCACAUGAUGCUGAAAAAAAAAAGAAGGUAUUUUGUGGGUUUAGAGUGUAAAAAAGCUUUACGGAACAAAAUGUUGAGAAACCAACGGGUGCAAGAAAUGCAAGAAAUGAAUAUUAUAUAGCAGAAAAGAGAACACUGUGAUGGCCUUGUGGAUAUACAUUAAAAAGAUAGAAUAAGAAAUGAGUGCAUCAUUGGAGAUUACAUAUUGGUUAUAUUGAGGACAAAAAAAGAGUCAAUUGAGAUGGUUUUGUCUUGUACAAGAGACGUCAAUGCACCAAUUAGGAGAAGUGAGAACAUUAUAGACUUAAAAGAACUUGGUUAGAAGCAAUUAAGAAGGAUAUGAAAAAUAUUUACUUAAUGAAAGAGAUGACCCAUAAUAGAAAUGAACGAUAGAAUAUGAUUCAUGUAGUCGACUCCAAAUUUUUAGGACAAGGGCUUUGUUGUUGUUGGUUUAUAGUGAAAAAAGCUUUAAAUAACUUGCUGAGGCUUUAUGCUCCCAUAUAUGUCAUAAAAUGAUAUUUGUUUCUGAUCUUUUUCUUCCUUUUUCUUUCUUAUUAUUAUAGGAAUUGAGUAUAAGGCCAUCAAAAGUAGAGAUAUUUGAAGUCCUUGAUCAAGAUAACUUUUGUGUUGGAUUGAGUUUAGUUCAUCCCACUGGCAAUAAUUAGUUUAUGAUCUACUUAUAUCAGCAUUCAUCAAAUUCUCGUGGAGGUAAUGACUAUGCCCCGAGUUAAACAUAUGUGUUUGCCCCUAAUGAAUGUGGUGCGCAUGAAAUCAAUGCCUAUUUUACAACUUCUUCAACUAAAAGAAAGGCUUCUGAGAACUUCUUCAGAUAACUGGUUCAUUGUUAAUGACGGAACAAUUCACCCUGCUAUAGUCAUGGGCUUAUCUGGGAAGCUUUCAGAACUUGUUGAACUUAAACAUGUGCUUCAUGAUAGCAUUCCUGUUAUUAAGAGGUUCACUGGAGGAGGAACCGUGAUUGUUGAUGAUAGGACGAUUUUUGCUGCUCUUAUUUGUAAUAAGGUUGAUGUUCCAAGGGUUCAGCUAUAUCCUCGCCCUAUUAUGUCUUGGACAGGCAAGUUGUAUGAGGAAGUUUUUUGUGGGUUUGGUAACUUCCAUCUCUGUGAAAAUGGGGUUCUUCUACGGGGAGAGGUACCCAAUCUAAAGGCUGCAUCGAUUCAGCUAUGCACUCACAUUGCCAGGGAUUGGUUUUACAGUGAAGAUAAGGAACAUAGCAAUAAAGUGAUUGUUCCAGGAUUGUCUAACUGUGGACAACUUUGGUGAUCAAUUGCUUGCGGUUUUUACGUUUUGUUUUUGCAUGUAACAUGUGCCUUAUCUUCCCAGUGAACUUGUGACUUGGAAAAUUCUUUCAUGCUUCU